AUGAGACUUGUGAGCAGACCCAGCUGCUGUGUGGGGCAGCUCGAGGUGUUUUGGAAACAGCAGUGGGGAACCGUGUGUGAUGAUAGCUGGGAUCUGUCCGAUACCAUGGUCAUCUGCAGGCAGUUGGACUGUGGAGAAGCACUGUCAGCCCCUGGCUCGGCUCACUUUGGUCAAGGAACUGGUCAUAUCUGGCUGGAUGACAUGAACUGUACCGGUACAGAAGCUGACCUUUCUGCCUGCAGGACUAGACCCUGGGGAGAGCAUAAUUGCAAUCAUGGAGAAGACGCAGGUGUUGUGUGCUCAGAAAUUAAAAAAACAGUUAAGCUGCAAUUAGUGAAUGGUUCGAGUCGCUGUGCUGGGAGAGUAGAGGUGCUUCAUGGCCAGCAAUGGGGAACUGUCUGUGACAACAACUGGGAUAUAAUUGAUGCUGAAGUUGUAUGCCGGCAGCUGGGCUGAGGGACUGCUCUAUCUGCUCCUUCCUCAGCUUACUUUGGGGGAGGGCAUGAUGCCAUUUGGCUUGAUGAUGUGACCUGCAAAGGAACUGAAGCUGCCCUCUCCAAAUGCAGUGCGAAACCUUGGGGAAGGCAUGACUGGCGUGGAGAAGAUGCUAAUGUUAUGUGCUCAGAACCUGCCCCGCUUCGAUUAGUGGAUGGAUUGACCCACUGGUCUGGGAGAGUCGAGGUGGUUUAUGGCCAGUGCUGGGGAACUGUGUGUGAUGAUGACUGGGACUUGAUGGAGGCAGAAGUGGUGUGCAGGCAGCUGGGCUCUGGGAAGGCCUUGUCAGCUCCCCAUGGGGCUUACUUUGGGCAGGGAUCUGGUCCCAUUUGGCUUGAUGAUGUCAGGUGCACAGGGACAGAAGCUGCUCUCUCCCAGUGCAGAGCCACUUCUUGGGGAAGCCAUAACUGUGGGCAUGGAGGAGAUGCCGGCGUGGUUUGUACAGGUACCCAUCACUCAUUCCAGCUGAUGAACGGUACGAGGAACUGCUCUGGGGGAGUCGAGGUGUUUCAUGAGCGGCGGUCAGGGACAGUCUGUGAUGACAGCUGGGAUUUAACAGAUGCUCAAGUCUUGUGCAGGCAGCUGGGCUGUGGGACAGCGGUCUCAGCCCCCGGAUCUGCUAGGUUUGGACAAGGAACUGGCCAAAUUUGACUGGAUGGUGUGAACUGUGCAGGGGCUGAAACCAUCCUCACCGACUGCAGGGCCAGACCUUGGGGAGACCCCAACUGUAACCACAGAGAGGAUGCUGGUGUGGAGUGCUCAGGGAAGUAA